AUGAAGUUCCUCGCUACCAGUGCUACUCUCGCCUUGGCCCUUGCCGUCUCCGCCCAGGAAGUAGCCUAUGAUGAUUCCACCGGUGACGCUGCCGCUGCCAACGAGAUUCUGACCGAAGUGACGACCGACAUGGAAACCCUCGACAGCGCCAUCAAAGCUUAUCAAGGAGGAGACCCGUCGCCUUUGAAGGCCUUGGGCGAUGAGCUGGUCAAUACCAUCAACGAUGGCACAGAUAAAUUCUCCACUUUCAGCGUCUUUACUACGGAGGAGACUUUGAGCCUGGAUGAUCAGUCUUCGGCUCUCAACGCCAAGGGGAAGGCUCUAUUGGAUGAUAUUGAUGCGAAGCUGGAGAUAUUUGCGGAGGUUGGCAUCUGUCAGCAAGUUUUGACUGGUGUUACUUCGUUGGCAAGCCAUGCUUUCCAGGUAGCUUUCGUGGCCAAGCUGCCUGAGGAAAUUGCUGGUUUGGCCAGUCCCUACAUCGAAGAGUCGGUUCAGGCCUUCGAGGCGACUGCGGCGAACCUGCAAGAGUGUGCAGCCACCUCUCCGUCGAAGACCAACGACACUCCCACUGGUAUUCCCACAGGCGUUCCCACAGGCGUUCCCACUGGCGUUCCCACUGGCGUUCCUACAGGCAUUGCCACCGCCACCGCCACCGCCACCCUCCGACUAAACGGCACCGCUGGAUAUCCCACCGCUAGUGUAACCCCUGUGGUUACCGCUGGAGCAGCCCUCAUGGGCGUUUCUACCAAAGUGUUCGGCUUGGCUAUGGCGAUUUUCUUUUUUGUCUUUGAAAACAAUGAAGUGUGGUGUGACGGAGUGGAAGGAUAUGAACGGGACUAA